CUUGAUACCUUGUGUUUUCACCGUUCUCUGUUACUUUCAGCUUCAGUCGCGUCUUAUUGAUUCUCCCCUUAUUUACACUAAUUGACCAUCUUUGCUACCUAACCAUAAACCCACCGCCAAAAUGGUGCAAACAAAGAACGGCGCCUUUCCCCACGACAAUGCGGCUGUCCCCAACGUCGACCGAGUGCUGCCCCUCUUUUCUCUAAAGGGUAGAACCGCCAUCGUGUCGGGCGCUGGAGCUGGCAUCGGGCUCGCUGUUGCGGAGGCGUUUGCAGAGGCCGGCGCCAAUGUGGCCAUCUGGUAUAACAGCAAUAAGCAGGCCGUGACCUCGGCCGAGAACAUUGCCAAGACGUAUGGCGUCAAGAGCAAGGCGUACCAGGUCAACGUGACUUCGGCCGAGGCUGUCGACAAGGCCAUCACCGAGAUCGUCAAGGAAUUCAACGGCCGCCUCGACAUCUUCGUUGCCAACUCCGGCAUCACAUGGACCGAGGGCGCCUUCAUCGAUGGCUCCGUCGAAUCAGCCCGCAACGUCAUGUCCGUCAACGUGGACGGCGUCAUGUGGUGUGCCAAGAGCGCCGGCGCCCACUUCCGCCGCCAGAAGGAACAGGGCACGACGAUUGACGGCAAGCCCCUGGACAACUUUAUUGCCGGAAGCUUCAUCGCGACGGCGUCGAUGAGCGGCAGCAUCGUCAACAUUCCGCAGCUGCAGGCCGUGUACAAUAGCUCCAAGGCUGCCGUGAUUCACUUUUGCAAGAGUUUGGCGGUUGAGUGGACUGGAUUUGCCCGAGUCAACACCGUAUCGCCCGGAUACAUUCUUACUGAAAUCUCCAGCUUUUGCUCGCCCGAGACAAAGGCUAUUUGGAAGGACAAGAUUGUCAUGGGUCGCGAGGGUCACACCGGCGAGCUCAAGGGCGCAUACCUUUACCUGGCGAGCGAUGCCAGCUCUUACACCACAGGCUUGGAUAUGAUUGUGGAUGGCGGUUAUAGCCUGCCAUAAAGAGCUGUAGGGAGGCCGAAAUGAAGAAAAUAUACCAGAAAAACAAAAGACACGAACGAAAUAACAGAAGAUACAAUAGAAGAUGGAUGCAUGCAUAUUUGCUGCUUAUGAAUAUCGUCUCCACGAGCAAAGGUAUGAGGGUUAUGAAUAUAUUGUGUUUAAUAUCUAUACGGAUGCAGAAAUAGCAGAACAAUACUUUGCUUGCUCGUGUG